ACAGGAAAGAGCGGCCGCGGCGCUGGGCGAGCCCGCCAGGCGAGGCAGUGCCAUGCUGCCUUUGUGCAAAGUUGGGCGGCGAGCGGCACGCCGCGCGCAGGGGCCCCGCACACCCGCGACCGCGCGCAGUCGUGGCUGCUGCUGAGUGGCGGGGGGGCCCCCGCUCCCCCCAGCCCUUGAAGGCGGAGAGAGCUCGCGUCUCGCUCGGCUUCAGGGUAAGUCCAGCUGUGAGCAGAGUGUUCUGUUCUUCACUUCCAGUGAGCCAGAGUUUUAUAAAUGGACACUGACAUGGACUACGAAAGGCCCAAUGUCGAAACCAUCAAGUGUGUGGUCGUGGGAGACAACGCGGUGGGGAAGACGCGCUUGAUUUGUGCCAGAGCAUGUAACACGACGCUAACUCAGUAUCAGCUGCUGGCCACCCACGUACCAACCGUGUGGGCAAUUGACCAGUACCGGGUCUGCCAGGAGGUCUUGGAACGUUCCCGGGAUGUUGUUGACGAAGUGAGCGUUUCUCUCAGGCUCUGGGACACUUUUGGCGACCAUCACAAAGACAGGCGCUUUGCAUAUGGCAGGUCUGAUGUGGUGGUCCUCUGUUUUUCAAUCGCCAAUCCCAAUUCCCUAAAUCAUGUGAAAACCAUGUGGUAUCAAGAAAUCAAGCACUUUUGCCCCCGUACACCUGUUGUCCUAGUUGGCUGCCAACUAGAUCUCCGCUACGCUGAUCUUGAAGCUGUUAAUCGAGCCCGACGCCCUUUAGCAAGGCCCAUAAAGAGAGGGGAUAUUUUGCCCCCUGAAAAGGGCCGUGAGGUCGCGAAGGAACUCGGCAUCCCAUACUACGAGACGAGCGUUUUCGACCAGUUUGGGAUCAAGGACGUGUUUGACAACGCGAUCCGGGCAGCGCUGAUCUCCCGCCGGCACCUGCAGUUCUGGAAAUCCCACCUAAAGAAAGUUCAGAAACCUCUACUGCAGGCACCGUUUCUACCUCCAAAAGCCCCUCCACCGGUCAUCAAAGUCCCAGAAUGUCCCUCCACGGGGACGAACGAAGCUGCCUGUUUACUGGACAACCCCCUGUGUGCCGAUGUCCUGUUCGUCCUUCAGGACCAGGAGCACAUCUUUGCACACCGAAUUUACCUCGCUACCUCCUCUUCCAAAUUUUAUGAUCUUUUUUUAAUGGAAUGUGAAGAAACCCCAAAUGGGAGUGAAGUUGCUUGUGAGAAGGAGAGGCAGAGCAGGGAUACCCAGGGGCUGGCACUGAGCAUUGACCCAGAUGAGGAAAAGGAGGACGGUACCCCAAGGACGCCUCAGGCCGACCCGUGGGACCCCUCCAGCCAGGACCUGUUCCUACAGGAGACUCUGAAGCUGGAAGCUGAGGGCUCGAUCCCGGAGACACAGGCCUUGGCGGGCUGGAGUAAGGGGUUUAUCAGCAUGCACAAGGAAAUGCAAGUAAAUCCCAUCUCAAAACGGGUAGGCCCCGUGACUGUGGUCAGGAUGGACGCAUCGGUCCAGCCAGGCCCUUUCCGGACCCUGCUCCAGUUUCUUUAUACAGGGCAACUGGAUGAAAAGGAAAAGGAUUUGGUGGGCCUGGCUCAGAUCGCAGAGAUCCUGGAGAUGUUCGAUUUGAGGAUGAUGGUAGAAAACAUCAUGAACAAGGAAGCCUUCAUGAAUCAGGAGAUAACGAAAGCAUUUCACGUCAGGAAGGCCAAUCGGAUCAAAGAGUGUCUCAGCAAGGGCACGUUCUCAGAUGUGACCUUUAAGUUGGAUGAUGGAGUCAUCAGUGCCCAUAAACCACUGCUGAUCUGUAGCUGCCAGUGGAUGGCUGCCAUGUUCGGGGGGUCGUUUGUGGAAAGCGCCAACAGUGAGGUGUAUCUCCCGAACAUAAACAAGAUGUCAAUGCAGGCGGUACUGGAUUAUCUCUACACCAAGCAGUUGUCACCUAACUUGGACCUGGACCCACUGGAAUUGAUCGCCUUGGCAAACAGAUUCUGCCUGCCACACUUGGUUGCACUUGCAGAGCAGCACGCCGUCCAGGAGCUGACCAAGGCCGCUAUGAGCGGCGUGGGCAUCGAUGGAGAAGUGCUCUCUUAUCUGGAGUUGGCCCAGUUUCACAAUGCCCACCAGCUGGCCGCCUGGUGUCUACACCACAUCUGCACCAACUACAACAGUGUUUGCUCCAAGUUCCGCAAGGAGAUCAAAUCAAAAUCUGCAGACAACCAGGAGUACUUUGAGCGCCACCGCUGGCCCCCGGUGUGGUACCUGAAGGAAGAAGACCACUACCAGCGCGUGAAAAGGGAGCGCGAGAAGGAAGAUAUUGCACUAAAUAAACAUCACUCGAGACGAAAGUGGUGCUUCUGGAAUUCUUCUCCAGCAGUUGCCUGAGGAGGAAGAGGGGGAAAAGUCAGUAAUCCAACACGCCCUUUUUACAAGCACGACUGUCCGAUUAGUCUUCUUCUUAGCGAUAAGGUGUAGUUCGGGUUUCAGGCACUGACCGUCCUCCACGUUUGUGCGUUCAUCUGGCUGGGGUCAAAGCACAAGCUCACCGUCAAUGAGCCUGGACAAAAAGGGAAGCUGACGAUGCUCACUGCAUUCCUUACACUUCCAUGCAUACUUUUCUGUUAGAAGGCUUAAUAAACUUUAGUUCGGGGUUUUUUUUGUUUCUUUUUAUACAAAGGGAAAAAAGAAAAAAAACAACCCAGCUUUCAUGUUUCAAAUUCCAAAUUGGAAAAUAUUUUUAUAUGGUCUCUUGUAUUUUGUUGAAGUGAAAAUACUAUCUCUUACUUUAUUUUACAGGCUACAAAUUAACCAUGAAGUCGCCCUGUGAUCCUCCGUGCCCACAUGAUCACAGAGCGUUAUUACGUAAUUAGAGGGUUAGCCUUCUGUUGUGAAGUAAAGGGUUGGAAUGAAAUUUCCCAAAGUGCAAGUUAGAGAGUGUUUAAUCUUUGUUCUGCCGAAUCACACUGGUAUAAUUACCAAGUCAACUCCAAGAAUGUGUAUUUACAAUAUGUGCCGUGUAAGUGCUGGUAAUUAUAUGGUUAUAUGUGCCAUGUAAAAUAUAGUGAUAUCAAAU